AUGACAGAUCCAUUCGGUAUUAUUUAUGGUGUUGCAUUGAUUUGUGGUGGUCUAUUUGGAUAUUUUCGAACUGGAAGUGUUAUCUCACUUGUAUUUGGUGUUGUUUUGGGCGUUUGGUCUGUUUAUAAUGCAAUAAAUCCUAUUCGUCAAAAGCGCAUUUCUAAUUUAGCUAUUGCAACAGUUCUUGGUGCUAUAAUGUUAUACCGAUUUUAUAUCAGCGGUAAAGUAUUUCCAGCACUUAUUGUUGUUGGAUUAUCAGUUGCACAAGCCUAUCGCAACUAUUCAAUGCUGAAAUAG